CACCACGAUCACGACAAAAAGCGCCACAUACCCCAAACCAACCCGCCCACCCCAUUCAAAGCAAUUCGCGUCGAAAGAAAGAGCAGGGAAUUAGGAGGACUUGAGCUACGCCCCGUAUCCUAAUAUCUCGCUACGCCUCACUCCACGUCUCGCUACACCUUAUAUCUCGCUUCCACGUCGUUACAGCUCGUAACGCUCAACAACUAUGGAUAUUCGUGUGCUUCGCCCUUCGGAUAUUCCGCAUGUGCAGCUUGCGAAUAUCACCAAUUUGCCCGAGAACUACUUUUGCAAGUACUACCUUUACCAUGCGAUGAGCUGGCCGCAGUUGAGCUAUGUGGCUGUGGAUGUCUCCCGCCCGCCAAAAACCCCCUACGACCCCCCCAAAAUCGUCGGCUACGUCCUCGCCAAAAUGGAAGAAGAACCCACCGACGGCAUCCAACACGGCCACAUCACCUCGCUAUCCGUCAUGCGCACGCACCGCCGCCUUGGGCUGGCAGAGAAGCUAAUGCGACAAUCGCAACGCGCAAUGGCCGAAACCUUCGCAGCGCACUACGUCUCCCUGCACGUCCGCAUGUCCAACACCGCAGCGUUGCACCUGUACCGCGACACGCUGGGCUUCGAGGUCGAGAAGGUCGAGGCCAAGUACUACGCCGACGGCGAGGACGCGUACAGCAUGAAGAUGGACUUGACGGGGCUGCAGCUCAAGGACGAGGGGGAGAGCGAGGGGAAAGAUGAGGGCGAGGCGGUGGGGAGUGAGGGCAAGGACGCGGAUGGGCUGCAGAAGGUUAGGGUCGGGAGGAGUAAGGGCGUUAUGGAGCUUGUGGAGAGGAAUGAGGCGGCUGCUGGGGCGGCGUAAGAGGGUGUGAAAGUGAGGGAGAAGUAGUAGAAGAGAACUACGUGCUCGUUUCCACGCUGUCUAAAUCCUGACUCCAGAGUCAAGCUAUGCUUUCGAAACGCCAUGUCCCCAUGCAUAAUCUACCCACCUAGCAAUCCAAUGGUAUCAUAAACUCAUAGCAAACCCCAUCCUUCGGCAAAAAAGAAAAACGAAACAGCCUACAUCAACCCCCC